GUGCUUCUAAAUUUAAUUAUUUUCGCGGCAUGUCGCAUGACUUUUUCAGUUAGGAAGCCAUAAACCAACCGAUCGGCUUUAUUAGUAAGAAUUACAUCUAGCAAAGUUUGUGAUGAUCUUGUUAUUCUCGUCGCUCGUUUAAUCAGGCAUUCAAGUUCACGUAUUUUUUCUAAGUUCCUUAGUUUGCCGCCUUUAUUCUCAGGUUUAAGUCUGUCUAAAUUCAUGUCACCUGUGAUAAUGAUUGUUUGUUUCUGUCAGGUGAUCCAUGAAAAGAGGAUCCUCUUCCAGAGGCCAAAUGUUGGUAAAUCGCAAAUGGUGUUACUGGAAUAGUCCGCCAUAUUACAAUAGCCGACAAUUUCUGAUAAUCACCCGACUCGGAAACUCGUCACUAGUGCUCCUCGGGCGUACCUCUAGCCAGUAGGAUUUAAGCAUUACCAUUGCAGCUUCGUUGGUCAUUUUCGAUUUCACGGCAUCGUCGCUUGACCCUCGGUAAGACAUACAACAAUCCCCAGGAUAAAGCUAGCGUCAUCAUGAAAGCUAUUAAGAUCAAUGCACUUGGAGAUUCGUCUCAAUUGAAAUACGAAGAGGCAUCUAUUCCUGAACCAGGACACAACGAGGCCUUAGUAAAGAAUCUUAUUAGCGGUGUUAAUUAUCUUGAUGUGUAUCAUCGCGAAGGGCUUUUUCACAUAGCUGGCAUUCCUGCAAUCCUUGGAGUGGAGGCCGCGGGGGUUGUUGAAAAGCUGGGGUCUGGUGUCACUGGUGUGGCAGUAGGAGAUCGUGUUGCAUAUUUUCAUCUUAAUUCAGGAAGUUUUGCAGAAUACAGUGUUAUUCCAGUGGAAAGACUUGUCAAAGUGCCAUCAAACAUCACUUAUGAACAAGCAGCAACAACCAUGAUUCAGGGUAUCACUGCUCAUUUCAUGGUUCACACUGUAUUCCCGGUGGGACCUGGUACCAAGGUGUUGGUACAUGCAGCUGCUGGUGGGACUGGAUCCCUGAUAUGUCAAGUGGCUAAAAAUGCAGGAGCGUAUGUUAUUGGGACAACAAGCACCCAAGAGAAAGCUGUCAAGGCAAAGGCUUGUGGAGCCGAUGAAGUUAUUCUGUACUCUGAUCAAGACUUUGUCCAAGAAGUCAACAGAAUCACAGGAGGUUCCGGAGUCAACGUCAUUUAUGAUGGGGUUGGGAAGGAGACCUUUCUUAAAGGUUUUAAGUGCCUCAAGAAACUUGGUACCAUGGUUCUUUACGGCUACGCAUCUGGUAUCCCUGAAUCUUUGGAUCCUUUUAUUCUUUCAAAUGGGAAUGGGUCACAUACUCUCUCUCACCCAAAAAUAGUCGACUAUGUAGCGACGCCUGAGGAGUUGUCUGAGAGAGCAAACGCUGUAUUUGAUUGGAUCGCACAGGGCAAGAUAAAAAUGGAAGAUUUUACCAUUUUUAAGCUUUCAGAAGCGAAGAAAGCUUUUGAUCUGCUCGAAGGCAGGAAGACAACUGGAAAACUCUUCCUUAAGGCUUGAUUUUGUUUUUCAAACUAGAUGUCCUGAAAAUUGUUAGCAAGCUUUUGAUGCUAAUUAAUCUAGUUAGGCAGUGUGAUGUUUUAAAAUUGAUUUCAGCGCUCUUAUAUUUUAGUAUUGCACGGUGCUUGUCGUUACCUUCCCGUUAACAAUUAAAUUGUAAGUUCGAGAUUUCUAUCGCGUGAUAGUUGAUGAGAGUGAAGCCCGAAUCAAUCACGCAUAGAAACUUGAGAGCAAAAACCCUUUUAUUCUAAAUCUUCUAGUCGUUCAAAAUUAAACAACAAAACAGGAUCAUGUUUUUUUCGUAAAUCUGUGAUGGUGGUAGAAGUCUUUAUUUCAAUAUUUCAUUGGCUGAAGUUAGGCAAAUCACAAUAAUAAUAACUUUAACAAAUAUGAAAGUAAUUACUGAAUUUGUUUUCAAAAAAAUUAUUUCUUUUCUACCUAAGUUGGGAACAGUUUUUGACUCCUAGCUAAAUACAUCCUUGUAAGUUUUGUAUGCUAGAAUAUGUAGGUGUGUGUUUCCUUGUAUUCCUGAAACAUUUCCAUGAUCCUUAAUUAAACCAUUUAUUAUUGUGAUCCUAAGUUUGAUUGCCCUGUUUAACCAGCCCCAUAUGGUUACUUAUUAGGGCUGCCAGUGCUCGCUUCUUUUCUCGUCAACAUUAAGUAAACAAAAAAAUGUAAGUGCAGGAUACAAAUAAAGAGAUGCUGUUUUC